AUGGCGCAACAAGCAGACGUACCGCCAACCUUGAAGGAAGCCCUCAAGCAGGACAAGGCGCAGUUUGACGACUGCACGCCAUGUCGACUGGUUGGAAGCGCAACCUUUAUCGGCCUCGGCGCCUUCACAUACGUCUCCGGACACUCACAGAUAACGGCCAACGAAGCGGCGAUACGAGCGAGCAAGACUAUGUUUGGGUUGGGAAGCAGAAGGGUUGCCAUAACGGGAACCAGUGCGGUUAUGGUGGGCUUGGGCGUGUAUCGGUGGUUUGCUUGA